GACGUCUUUGGGCUGCAAGUGUUGUUGCACAGCUGCUACCAUUUAAUAAGCUAAUUAUUGAUCUGUAAGUGGUGUCACUGCAUUGUUUGUGAGGGAAAACGUGCAUGUGAAGUUGUUUUACAGAAAGGCUCGCUAACAUUUGCAGUGUGGAUCCAUCUGGAUGUUGAGUGUGCGGGCUCUGUUUGGGAUCGGCUUCCUGGUGACCUCAAGGGCCACGGCAGUCCUCACUCAGACAGGGACAUGCCCGCUGUAUGCUGCAGCUAACAACCACAAGAAGGACUGUUUCAGUAGCAGACCAGCUUCCACCAUGGCCCAGACCAUCAAGUAUCUCGGGCAGGAGGAGGCGCAGCACAUUGACGAGGAACUCUUCAGUGAGUAUGGCUUCAGCGUGGAUCAGUUGAUGGAGCUGGCUGGACUCAGCUGUGCCACAGCCAUCUCCAGGGCGUAUCCUAUUACUUCCCUGGUGAAGGCCAGACCUUCUCUGCUGGUGAUUUGUGGACCAGGUAACAACGGAGGCGACGGCCUGGUCUGUGCCCGACAUCUUAAACUCUUUGGUUACGAGCCCACCAUCCUGUAUCCGAAGAGGCCAAACAAGCCUCUGUUCCAGGGCCUGACCACACAGUGCCAGAAAAUGGAGAUCCCUUUCUUGACUGAGAUGCCUGAGGCUGGAGUGAUUGAUGAGGCUUACAACCUGGUGAUAGAUGCCAUCUUCGGCUUCAGCUUUAAGGGGGCUGUGCGAGAGCCUUUUGGUUCCAUCCUAGAUGUGCUGAAGAAGACGACAGCCCCCGUAGCCAGCAUCGACAUCCCCUCAGGUUGGGACGUGGAGCAGGGCAGUGCAGAUGGACUGCAGCCCGACAUGCUCAUCUCUCUCACCGCUCCUAAGAAGUCUGCCUCCUUGUUCAGAGGACGAUACCACUUCCUGGGAGGCCGGUUUGUGCCACCGGGUCUAGAGAGGAAGUACCAGCUGAACCUGCCUCAGUAUCCUGGCACAGACUGCGUGUUACAACUGUAGAGGAUGUACUGAAGGUUUGAUGAGAGGAUGGGUGUCCUCUUUAAAGGAAUAGUUAGACAUUUUGGGAAAUAAUUCUCACCCACUUUUUUCCAAGAGUCAGAUGAUUAAGAUUAAUUUAUGUUUGUGUCAUAAUUACAGAGCUGGAGUCUGGAGGUAAUAGCCUAGCUUAGCAUAAGGACUGGAAACAAAGGAAACAGCUAGCCUGGCACUUCUAAAUCUCAAUCUAGACAGUUUUCUUGCUUUAACUAAAUUUUUAUUGCACACUGUAAGAGCUAUAGAAUAAUGACACGAUCUGUGCUUAGAUUGGUUUCCCAUAAGCCUUGCUGCCACCAGAUACGAUCUCCCGGGAAAAAGAAGCCUCCAUUUCCGACAUAAAGACAGGAAUGUGAAAUUGACAGUUUGUAGUUGUACAGGAUGUUAUGUGCUGUAAGAAUUUUGAUGUCCUGACUCCGACUGUACUUAACACACAGACUUGAGAGAGGUUUCAGCCCUCAAAUCUAAAGGCCUAGAUACACCAAACCAACAUCAAAGAACUAGUGGUGACUAAGGCUGACUGUUGCAUCAUCUCACACUGCCUGUGUCUCAACCAAAAAGUUGCACCUGAACACAUUGCAAAGACGACAGCCAACGACCAACUAGCACUGAUGUUCUGUGCCUGUGUGAGAGGAAACAUCUCUCCAUACAGUUUCUGCUAAAGAGCUCAACGGCUAAAAAAUGAGUCUCACCUAAUGUAACAAGUUUUUUUUUUCGAUCUAACGCCCUCUUGACCUAAGCCGUAUGUUUGCCCUGAGCUGAACUGCCAAUCAGAGUCAUUUCAUUCACUGACGAGCUUUGCUGGCUCCCACGCAGAUUCAACAUGCUGAAUUGACCAAAAAGGGCCAACACGUCACAAAAACUAGUUUGACAGAUUGUCAUUGAUGGCCCAGCAUUCACCAGUGGGUGACUGACGGCUUGGUGUGUCAGGGCCCUAACCUUUACAGAGAAAUAAAAUCAGUGUUUUUUCCCUAAAGGUUGAACUAUUCCUUUUAAUCUGGGAAUGUCAUUGGUUCCCAUCGAGUGGAUGGUGGUGGCUGUUCAUCCAAUAAGGUGUUAUAAUUAUUAGCUCUCUGGACAAUUUUGUUUUCAUGUUGAAGCACAAAGCUUUAAGGUGGUGGUUGCUUCAGCUACAUGAAAAUAAUAAUAAAAAAAAGAUCGACUGUUG